AAACUGACUCACUACUCCCACGCAAAGUAGCAAAUAAAUCAGAACACGAGGAAAUUCUACUCAACCUUCACUUAAAGAAAAGGAGUAAGAACAUCAAUGGCGAAGCAACAAAAUCUAUGUCUAAUUGUACUACAAUUAGCGGCGGUGAUUAUUCUAUUAUCAUGCGCACAAAUUGCAGACUGCUUGAAAAAACCAGAAUCCGUUGCUAGAAAAGAAGACAUACCAUAUAUAAAGUGUCAAGUAUGUGAGAAACUUGCUUCAGAAUUGUAUCUUCAAGUUCAGAAAAAAGAAGCUCAGAUCUCACCUAAAAAGAUCACAGAGUAUCAGAUUAUUGAAAUGGUUGAGAAUAUAUGCAAUUUGAAGAAGGAAGAAGCUGAUUGGAUUUUGAAAAUCGACAUUGUUGAGCAAGGAGAUAAGUUGGAGCUUGUUGAACAAGAUGUUGAAGGGCAAUGCAACUCAAAGUGCAAGACAAUAGAACGGGCUUGUCAGGAGGUUGUUGGGUUUUCUGACACUGAUAUUGCUGAAUAUAUAUAUGCUCGGAGACCUCAGCUUGAAUCUUUAGUGAAAUAUUUGUGCAAGGACUUCACAGAAGUAUGUAAUAAGAAGCCACCUCCAGUGCCAAAGGAUAGAGUUCCAGGGGAACCAUUUGUCCCUAAACCAGACAAAGAAGCUGAAAUGGAAAAAAUGUUGAGAUCCAUGGAGGGUCUCCCAGGUGCACCAGGAAUGAAAAUGUACUCCCGGGAAGAAUUGAUGAACUCGAAAAACUUUGGCGAUGAGGAUGCCGAUGAGGAUGAUGAUGAAGAUAGCGAUGAAGAUGCGAAUUUCCGAUCAAAUUUGGGAAAAGCUUUCAGAGAGAAGGCGGAGAAAAAGGCCGACUGGAACGAGAAAGUCGUUAAACGUAUAACAGACGCUGGGAAGACUCUUAAGACACAUGCGAACAAAGUCUCUCACCGGCUAAGAAACUGGUGGAGAUCAAAAACAAGUGCAGGGUCUAAGAAGAAAUCAGCAGUCAACAAGGCAGAACUUUAGGAGUUUGCUGAUGCAUUAGAGUUACAAAGAGUUCUUCCUUGUUAUAAUUUUGUAUUAAUGCUUUUCUUCUCAUUUCUUUGUAGUUUCAGGCGAAGGAUUCUAUUGGUUAGGACACUUAGAAUUUUGGAGAUUUCACUUUUGCUUGGUGAGUGUUAGAAAUCAUUGAACAAAUGUUAUAAGCAGAGAGUGCCCUUCAGUAGGAUUAUAUCAUAAAUUAGGUCAUCCUUGUAUAAUUGACUCUUUCUGUGGAAUGAAAAAAAGAUACUUAAACCUCGGUUAAA